UCCGACCAAAUAGCAAUUGCUACUGUAGGUUUUCCCAGUACCAGUGAUCUCCGUGGCAACCCGAGUCCAAAGGGCUAAGUGCUGCUCGGGCCCUGGAACGGUCGGUGGCUUUUCCAACCCCAGGAAUAGGGUGAGAGGUGACUCUCACACGUAUGGAAGCAAAAACAUUUCACUCCGAGAUCACAUCUCAGUCCAGUUCCUCCAGAAUAUGUGCCGCUAGUCACCCCUUCCCGCCCUUCGAAGGAAAGGUAACCCCAGUCCUGGGACUCUCCUCCACCUUCCAAAUUUUCUUGGUCCGCUUUCCUUGGGACUCAGCCUUCACAGAGGCCAACUUCAGGUCCGCCACUAUCCCAGGAUUCCCGACUCCCGGUUUCCUGCCCUUCUCCCCUCCCAGCUCCCGGAGCCUGCGGGAGCGGCAAGAUGGCGGACGGUGACGGCUUGAGUGAAGCAGCGAGUGCUGCGGCAUCUCCUCCUGCACCUGCUCCCGGCCUGAGCCCGUCGCUGGGCUGGAGGGAGCGGCUGCGGGCCGGGCUGGCGGGGACUGGGGCCUCGCUGUGGUUCGUGGCGGGGCUGGGACUGCUUUACGCUCUGAGGGUCCCGCUGAGGCUGUGUGAGAAUUUGGCUGCGGUGACAGUAUUUUUAAAUUCAUUGACACCCAAAUUCUACGUGGCACUUACAGGAACAUCUUCUUUGAUAUCAGGACUAAUAUUUAUAUUUGAAUGGUGGUACUUCCAUAAGCACGGCACAUCUUUUAUUGAACAAGUGUCUAUGAGCCAUUUGCGACCACUGAUGGGAGGAACAGAAAGCAGCAUUUCAGAGUCAGGUUCUCCUUCUAGCAACAGAGAAAGUGAAAACAGCAGACAGAAUUUGUCAGAAUGCAAGGUAUGGAGAAACCCUCUAAAUCUUUUCCGAGGAGCAGAAUAUAGGAGAUACACUUGGGUGACUGGUAAAGAGCCACUUACAUACUAUGACAUGAAUUUGUCAGCUCAGGACCAUCAGACGUUUUUCACCUGUGACACGGACUUUUUACGUCCUUCAGACACAGUUAUGCAGAAGGCAUGGAGGGAAAGAAAUCCUCCAGCUCGAAUCAAAGCAGCCUAUCAAGCUUUAGAAUUAAACAAUGACUGUGCCACUGCAUACGUUCUACUGGCUGAGGAAGAAGCAACAACUAUUGUAGAUGCUGAAAGAUUAUUUAAACAGGCACUCAAGGCAGGAGAAACAAUUUACAGGCGGUCACAGCAGUGCCAGCACCAAAGUCCUCAGCAUGAAGCUCAACUGAGAAGAGAUACCAAUGUACUGGUAUAUAUUAAAAGAAGAUUAGCAAUGUGUGCAAGAAAAUUAGGAAGAAUAAGAGAAGCAGUAAAAAUAAUGAGAGAUUUGAUGAAAGAAUUCCCUCCUCUUACCAUGUUGAACAUCCAUGAGAAUCUCCUAGAAUCACUUUUAGAAUUACAGGCCUAUGCAGAUGUUCAGGCAGUCCUAGCAAAAUAUGAUGAUAUAAGCCUUCCAAAGUCAGCAGCAAUCUGUUAUACAGCAGCACUAUUGAAGACAAGGACUGUUUCAGAUAAAUUCUCUCCCGAAACCGCUUCCAGAAGAGGGCUAAGCACAGCAGAAAUCAGUGCUGUGGAAGCAAUUCAUAGAGCUGUGGAAUUUAAUCCUCAUGUUCCAAAAUACUUACUAGAGAUGAAAAGUCUAAUUUUACCUCCAGAGCACAUUCUGAAACGGGGUGAUAGUGAAGCAAUCGCCUAUGCUUUCUUCCAUCUUCAGCACUGGAAGAGAAUAGAAGGUGCUCUUAAUCUGUUACAGUGUACCUGGGAAGGCACUUUUAGAAUGAUUCCAUAUCCAUUAGAGAAGGGCCAUCUAUUUUAUCCUUAUCCCAGCUGCACAGAGACUGCUGAUAGAGAGCUAUUACCUAGUAAGUAAAUAUUCUAGUUUUCCUAAACUUAAAAGUAGUUGUGAGAUUGUUUUUCAUAGUAUUUUCUC